AUGCAGCAGGCUGGAUUUCGCAAGAAUCGAUCAACAAAUGAACAGGUUGCCCUCUUUGGUCAAACCGUAAAAGAUUCAUUGGUUAGCAGAAAUAUCCGUUCUGCAGUUUAUGUUGACUUCAAAAAUGCAUACGACUUAGUGUGUAGAGACCGUCUAUGCAAGAAACUCCUGAAGUUUGGUAUUAAUGGUAAAAUGUUUCAUCGGAUGAGGUCUUUCCUUGACCAGCGCCUAUGCGAAUUCAAAUAUGGCAACAAGCUUUCUAGAUCAUAUAAUCUCCAGACUGGUUUGCCUCAGGGAGCAGUUAGCAGCUGCAUCAUGUUCAGCAUUUCCAUUAAUGAUUUGGUUUCAUCUCUGGAAUCAAUAGAAGAUAUUAAGUGCCUCCUUUUUGCAGAUGAUUUGAUUAUAUGGACACAAGCACCAAAAAAAGAAUGCAGGAGCUAUGAGUGA